UUAAAACAUUACCUGCAGUACAAUAAUAUCGCACUCUAUUUCUUUUCUUUUCUUUGCUUUUAGUAAACGCAAGCUCGUGUGCUGUCAGUUCAUCGCAUGUGUAGUUGGAAAAAAACACGAUGCCUCCAGCAAGAAGAGAUCGAAGGGUGGGUCUGAAACGCAUCGAUGCUGCUCUUGACGCUGUACGUCCUAUGGGAUUCCCGGAACCCUUGGUUCGCAGAACUGUCAGAAAUCUCCUAAAGCUAUGCGAGCGCGUUAAGUUCUUUACUUCUUUAGAUGAUUGCGGGCUUCAGGAAUAUGGCGGGGAUGAAGGUUGGGCUUUCAUUGAGGAGUGCUGCUAUAAGCUUUUGAUUGACACGCUUCUCGAUGAGGUAGAGAAAUCAGAGAGGGAAAACUGCGAACCAGGAUUGUUGACAGGCAAUGACAAGCUCAAGCAUUUGAUUGAGAAUGGACCGGCAGAGGAUGACACUGUGAAAGAUGAACCUAAAGUACAAGUUCACUCACCUAACGGUAAUUCCAAGCAAGUUCAUUCUCCAAACAUUCACUCCCCGGCAUCAAUGGAUAUCAUUCUAUGUCCUUCAGUGAGUGAUGCACCUGAUGAGAAGCUUGGAGUGAAAGACUUUUCCCAACAAAUUCACUCCGCACAGGCUUCCUCCUCACACUUCAACUCCUCACAUGUAACUGACAUUGUUCCACGCUCUUUGAAGGAUGUUUCAUCUCUAGUCAAGCUUGAAAUGCAGUCCUGCUCUCCACAGAUAUCCUCCACGGGAGUCCAAUCUCCACAUUUGUUCUCCCCUUCGCCAGUGGAUUCUCUCCCUCCUCAGAGGCGUAAACCUUGUUAUGGAUGGCUUAGCAGUGAUGACGAGGAUGAGCCAGAUCUUUUACAUCUAACACCUGCUACUUAAUCCCUCUUCCCAUCCUCUAUUCCAAUACUUGGCAGGAAAACUUCAGUAUCAUUUUCGAUUGUAAAUAAAGUUUUUGCAGCGCAGAUUUUCUCUAGAAUAGCCAUGAAGAUAAAUGUCUUGGAAUCACUUACUUCUUGGCUGCUGUUUUGACCUUUGAUAAUCGAACAAGUUAACAAGCCUUCCUGUUCUUAGCUUCCAUUUGAUUAAAUAUUUUACAGCAAA